AUGUCUGAGAAUAAUCUGAUAAUCCAACUCGACCCAGCCUACCACCUGGGCCUUGACCAGGUCGGCUACGCGACAUUCGUCGUCGGCAUAUUCUUUGUCCUGCUCGCAAUUCUCGCAGUAGGCCUGCGACUGUAUACAAGGAGGCUGCUCCGCAACAAAAUCGGCAUAGACGACUGGCUUAUCAUCGCAGCCCUAGUCGUCUUUUUCGGAUUCACGGCCAAUGCGCUCAUCUGCGUCUUCACCUACGGCGGCGGACAGCAGUAUGAGGAUGAAGCUGAGGCGCUGACAAAGUACGUACAGUAUAUGAAGGCCGAAUAUAUCGUUUCGCCGCUGUACGCAACCAACGUCACCCUCAUCAAGAUGUCUAUCUUGCCUGCCGACAAAGACGAUUCUGGGACUGCAUCUUUCCCUGCGGAAGCGAAUGGCAUUGCUGGGGAUUUUCCUCUGCUGUUUCUUGUACAUCACUCUCUGUUUCCUGUCAACUUGGAGAUUCUCCUACUAAUUGUAUUUUCUCCGCCCCCGAAAAGAGUGAUCAUUACAGGGACUGUUCGAAUCUUCUACAUCUACGUGCCCGGCAAUGAGAACGUGGACCUAAACAAAGCCGGACUCUGGUCUGUUAUCAACAUGGGCGUGUCCAUCCUCUGUGCCUGCCUUCCUACCUAUCGCCCGUUGCUGUCAAAACUUAGUCCCGGCCCUAUCUGGAAAUCGCUGUGUAGCUACAGGAGUAGGAAAAGCGGCACAGAUUCCUCCACAGCCAACCUCACUUCUAAUAAUUCUAAAGGCAAUAAUCGCUCAAACAAAAAACGACAUUCAAAUUACUACAGAAUGGACGGCCUGACGGUCGAUUGCCUUCCGCUGGCAGAGGUAGUCGCCGAGGAGAGAAGGCUGGAGGCGAUGGAGGGGAGCAACGGUAUUCGAGUGCAGCGAGAUUUCGAGGUUGUUUGA